GUGACGUGACGAGAUAAGAUAAACCAUUUUUUUCCUUCAUCUUUCCUUCUUUCCUGCAGCAUCCUCCCUUCAAUGGCAAACGACAAACCCAAGUGCAAAAGUUUAGUCCUCGAUGCCGGCCCAUUACUAUCCCUGUCGCCUCUGCGAGGUUUAGCUGAAACCUACGUUACAGUACCCCAGAUAAUAGAAGAGUUGAGGGACAAAAACACUCGUGAACAUCUGGAACGACUGGGAUUGAAUUAUGGGGUGAAAAUUGAAGUGAAAAACCCCAGUGCAACAAGUCUUGCUACAGUGAUACAGUGGGCCAAAAAGACUGGAGAUUACUCAGUUUUGUCUCAUCCUGAUCUCUGCGUCUUGGCUCUGACCCACACACUGCAUGAGAAGGCAAAGUUGGAAAAGGUCAACCAGGAAUUAGAAGUUGUGGAGGGCACCAUCGAGAAUAAUGACCUUACCGAUGCUCCUGGUGACGAUGAUGGCUCUAGGGAUCCUUCGGAUGCUUCCGAACCACCCCCCUCGGAUACAGAGUCUGAAUCACAAGAUGAGGAACAAUCAGAGCGCAAAGACGCGCAGGACCUGGAACCCCUCGAUGUUGAACUACAACCGAUAUCAACAGCUAAUCCCCCACCUCAGCAUCCCCCGUCAAAGGAAUCUGAAGGCAUGCCAGCACCUUUGUAUGAUGAUCCAUCCGAUGAAGAUGACGGCGAAGGCGAAUGGAUUACCCCCGCAAAUGUCGCUAUUCACAAGUCUCGAGCUCUCGAUCUUCUUCCGAGUUCUGAUUCCUCUCGCCGGAAAGGUAAAAAGAAAGCCGAUGAAAUGAUUUCUGUUGGUUGCAUGACUGCCGAUUUUGCAAUGCAAAAUGUUCUACUGCAAAUGGGUUUGAAUCUUGUCGGUACCGAAGGAAAGAGAAUACAGAAGGUCAAGAGCUGGGUGUUACGAUGUCAUGCAUGCUUCAAAAUAUGCAAGGAUUCGUCAAAGAAAUUCUGCCCUUCAUGUGGCAAUCCAUCCUUGCUGCGCGCGUCUGUUACGAUUUCUGAUCCUAGCGCAUCUCCUGAUACACCAGCUAUGCAAGUACAUCUCAAGCCCAACUUUCAAUAUAGAAUUCGAGGAACAAAGUACUCGAUACCUGCCCCCAAGGCUGGAUCCGCCAAGACUGGACCUGGUGAAGGUCUGAUCCUCCGAGAAGAUCAGGCAGAGUACAUGAGAGCAAAGAAGCGGGCCGAUGGAAAACGCGAGCGUGAGGAGGCGAAGAUGAUGAAAGGUUUGCUUGCGAGAGGUGCCCGCGGGGACACGGGAGUAGCUGUGGGUAGCUGGAUGGAUCCAGAUUGGAUUCCAGAGAUCAUGAGUGCCGGAACUGGAGGUAAGGGAAGGAGCAUGCGAAGUGCAGGCAUGGACGGAGACAUGCCCAUCAUUGGGUAUGGUAAAAAGAAUCCUAACGAGCGUAGGAGGCGGAAAUAGGUUUCGUCACGAAUAGUAAUUACAGCCACACUACAGUACACUCUAUGCACCCAAACUUCUGUUCAUGAAGCGCCUCUUCUGGAAGGACAUCCACCACUUGCUGGGUUUGCCUGUACCGUCUGCGUAUAGUAUUGCGACCAAACGAGCAGCCAACUCUUGACGGACUUGUACUAGAUACUGCCGUAGAUAAUCUGACCCAAGGAUCUA